UAAACUUAAAUUCAACUACAACUCCCCAGAGUGGUGGCCACACGAGCUGCCGCCAGGUAUCACUCGCUCUUCUCCGUGUCCUUCACGUGUGUGUACAUCGCUGUGGCUUGGUUCUUUGCCAUUCUGUACGCCUCCUUCCCUCUCAUGGGCUGGGGAAUCUACAAGUUUGAUCCCAAGCGAUGGAACUGUAUCUUCAGCCGAAAGGCAGCGCCCUCUUACUCCAUCUUCUUCGCUUCCUGUGGCGUCAUUUUACCUCUGACGGUUUGUGCCCUCGCCUAUGUGACGAUUUGGGUCACAUUUGCCCAGAGUAAGCGAAAGCUGCAGCGGUUCCCUGGGGCAGUGGUGAGCGGGAACCCGUCCAUGUACGAGGCGAAACUCACCAAGAACCUCUUCGUUGUCUGGCUGGCUUUUUUCAUCUGCUGGAUACCAAUGAAUACUCUGCUCUUCGUCGAUCCCAAAGAACAUCUCAUGCUGCAGGGAGAAGAACAAGAUCUUUCCUUCGUCACUCCCCGUCAGUUCCGGCAGCCGGCAAGGGCCAGCCGGCCAGGCAAACCCCCGACCGGAAGCACCACCCGGCAAACCUGUGACGUCAGGGGCUCUGGGCAGCCGGGCAAAAUGCCAGCGAGGCUCUUCCUACGUACCCAGAGACGCCAUCGUUACCCCUGGCAACGGAGAGCAGACAGCGAGGAGAGAUCAGGGGAGGGUACUGGAAGUUGUUAG